AUCAACGUCAUAUCUGAAAAGCUUCAUUGAAGCUCCAGCUCUCCAGCUGCCCGCCUACCUACAAAACUAAUUCUUCCAAUUGAAGCCCAUCCACCACUAUCAUGUUUCGAUUUGUAAGUCCAGAGAUCCCCUACUAUUCGAUUGUCACCACGAAUUUGCUUUUCAAACGCUAAUUACUUCUGCAGAAAACCCUAGAUGUCAUCACCCUCUUCCACAAGGCAGGCAUGCCAGCCUCCACCAGAGUGCAUACACUCUUAAAGACAGCUUCCGCAACUGCUGCUGCCACCGCUACCGAGGAUCAAGCCAGUGAUCAUAGCCACCAAUCCAACACGCAACGUCAGGAAUUCACGUUAGAUGUGACAGAGGAGCCACCAACGGAAGAUCAACUCAAGAGCAUUCUGGAAUACGUUGGACCGUCCGAGAUUUCAAAGUUGGUCAAGGGCGCAAAUACUGAACUUGAAGCAAUCAAGAAGCUCAAGGAGAGUGGCGCAAACUUCCAAAGACCAGUGGUAAGAUUUCCUCUCGUUCCAUGAUACACAUUUAUAGCUAAAUUGAUAUAGACUGUGGAUUGGGAGAAUGGCAAGGCGGUUAUUGGGGACUCGGAGUCGCAUAUUUUGAAGAUGGUUCGGGCUUUGCCACAGAAAUAGGUUUUCCCUCUGUAAAUUUGUAUCCAAAAGCAUCAAGUGAGGCCUAGUUGGGAGUUCUGACUGUAAUACCAAUGCGAUGAAUCCACUCAUUCCACACUGUUAAACACCUUGUUAUUUCAGGUGCUAUUUUAUUGAUAGCUAGACGGUCCCU